GAAAGAAUGCUGGCAAAGCGUUCUUUACCCCAUGGAAAGCACUUUUAAAACUGUCAAUCUUUGAAACAGCAUUCAUUUCAACAACUUGGAUGUAAUCCAUAACUUUACGCUUUCAUCAAACCAAUCUGGGUUCACAUAUAGAUAAGAAUAUUUGGUUUUAGGACAAUUACAGAAGAACUUUGAGUCUGCUAAAACGUCGCAAAGAAAGUAUUCUCCAUAGUCAACACUCUAGCAGAUCUUCAACAGCUCAGUGAAAGCCCGAUACAUUGUUCUCUGCUAAAAUGAAGACUUUGCAGCCUACUUUUUUUCUGUUUGUGUUUGUGUUGUUGGUAAAGUCAGCACCACCUAUACAGCAAGAAUCAUUCAAGCUUUAUGACUAUGAUACAGACGUUACUCUGGGAAGACUGAUCGAACAAGAUUAUGAAACGAAAAUCAAGGAUAUAAAAAAGGAUGGAAUGAAUGUUUCUCCUAACAUCACUCUAAGAAUGCAAGGGGAUGACAGUGAAAGCAAUGUAUCACCAACAAAGGAUACAAAUUUACCUACUUGUCUGCUCUGUGUGUGUUUAAGUGGAUCAGUGUACUGUGAAGAAAUAGAUAUUGAAGCUGUACCUCCACUGCCAAAGGAAACUGCGUAUCUUUAUGCACGAUUUAACAAAAUAAAAAGGAUAGCAGUCUCAGAUUUUGCUGACAUCACUACUUUGAGAAGAAUUGACUUUAGCGGAAAUCGUAUUGAAGAAAUAGAGGAUGGAGCCUUUUCAAAGCUUCACUUAUUGGAAGAACUUUCUCUUGCUGAAAAUCGACUUGUAAAACUUCCUGUUCUACCUCCCAAGCUAACAACAUUUAAUGCAAACCAAAACAGAAUCAAGAGCAGAGGAAUCAAAGCAAAUGCCUUCAAGAAACUGACAAACUUGGCCUACCUCUACUUAGGACAUAACGCACUGGAAUCUGUUCCCCUUAACUUACCAGAGAGCCUGCGCAUUCUACAUCUUCAGUACAACAAUAUCACUACGAUCAAUGACGACACAUUCUGCAAAUCUAACAAUACACGUUAUAUCCGCACGAGUAUGGAUGAAAUACGAAUGGAAGGAAAUCCAAUCCUCUUGGCAAAGCAUGUUAAUGCUUUUUCAUGCUUGAGAACACUGCCUGUAGGAUCGUACUACUAGCCACUGCCUAUGUAAAGAUCAUUUUUAUUUCUUUGUUUACAUGUUUAUAUCCUCUUCCUUGCUAAUGCAGUUUCUCUGCAUACCCAGAACCUUUUACUACAUUAAGCUGUGUUUUGGCUCUGAAAUAACAAUUUCAAAUAGCCACUUUACUUGGUAGUUAAAAUGCCAACUCUGUUUUCAGAAUCUUUUCUGUUAAUGACAGUGUAAAAACAUACACACACACACACACCAUCUCAACUUUUACUUCACCAUAAUCGCUACACAUAGAUAAAAUCAUACAAGUGAAAAAAAACACCACCAUUCACACUUUUCACCAUUUCAAAAAAAAAAACAAAAAAAACAAAAAAAAACACAUUACAUUAUACUUUCAGAUAAACCCCAAAUAUUUUUUGGGCAAGCUAUAAAUGAAAAACAUUUCUGACAUCCAAUCAGACAUUCGUUUGAUCUGAAAUGCAGCUUUAUUCACUACACUUUUUGAAGCUCAAUUGAAAGUUGCAAUGGAAAUAAGAUUAUGUUCAGAAACAGAAUUUUUCAAAGAUGUGUUAAAGCUUCCUUAAAUACUUGGUUUGUCAAAAAUGAACAAAAUUCAUUUAUAGACAUAGGGUACCAAGCAAUAUAGCAAGUAGAACUUUUCAAAGAUGCGCUAAAACGUCUUUAAAUAUUUUGCUUUAAAAAAUACAUUCACAUUCACUCUCAAAUAUGAAUGUAAGGAAUAUAUAUAAAAUAUAUAUAUAUACACACAUGCAUAUAUUCAUGUAUAUGUAUUUAUAUGCAUACACACACACACAUUCAUUCAUACAUAUGCACUCCUCUAAAUUUUUCUUCAGUUGUACUCACAAGAGUCAUUCUUUCAAUUCCCAUUUUAACACAGCAGUGAGGGUACAGUGUAGCAUGUCUCCAAGUGAUACAGCCUCAACAUCAUUCCACUGCUUUUUCUUGAUAAGGAAACGUCACAGAAUAUAAUUAAUAGCAAAAUUGUAUUAAUUAUUUUACUUGUAAAAGAAUUAAAGAUUUCAGCUAGAGCGCCAUGCAAAGAAACCGAAAUGUCUUUGUACAGUAAUACUUCCACUCAUUAGGAAAUCAAAUUAGAUCUUUAAAUCGAGAAGUUGAUUGUAUUGUUAAUUUCAAGCAAAUUCAAUUAGCAUAAUUUUACUCUUUGACUUCUUUCAACUAUACAGUCUAUUAAAAGGCAAACGAACGUACAAAGUUAUCAACAGUCAGUUCAACUAUACAUAAUUAGAUGCAGAAGACACUAUUUCUAAUGACAACCAUACAUCUCUGCUGACUUUUCAUUCUCAGUUUCUCCCUCCAAAUAUAUAUUAGGGGCUUAAAGCUCUUCAGAUAAAUGAACUGCAAAAAAUGUGCUAAUUCUUAUUACUAGAUCAAUGUCAUACUAACUUUAAAGCUACUAUGGAUUUCUGAUUUGUAGAAAUAGCAUCAAAUGCAUGAUAAUGUAUCAUUAUGCAACUAGAAUACUGAUUUUAAGAUAUGUUGUAUUAACUAUUUUUAUCUUAUUUAGGUAAGCCUUGAUUUGUUAGUGCUUGUGCUACAGGGAAUUAUUAAGUGCACAUUUAAUUCUAAACAUACUGAUGCUCUGCCAUUAGGAGUGUUGAAACCUAAUAAUCUUUUUAAGUGACUAUAUCAAGUAUCAACCGUGGGUUCAUCUUCUUGAAAGGGGAUACAGUUACAAAAGACAAAAACAUUUUGUCCUCACAACUCAAGAAAGUAAUAAUUUUCCUAUUUUCCCUCCCAUUUUAAACUGCCCAAUAUAACAAGAAAAAUUCCACUGUCUUAAUGCAUCUGAUAACAAAUCCUAGUUCAACAGCAAGGAUUUGAUUUUCAUUUUCUAAUAAUAAUAAGUCUCUGAUUUUAUUCUCAUCUCAAUUAGUUAUUACUAAAUAAAGCUUUCCGAAUUUAAUGAGAUUAGUAAAUAUCAAGUCUUCCUAUUACCUCUAUGAAAAAAAAAACUGUGCAUACGUAAGUAUUUGCACAUUUAUGUAAUAUUUACACAUAAAUAUUAAAAUAUAAUCACUACCGCAAAAAACUUAAUACUUCCUUUAAAAAGUUCUAUAUAUUUAAUAAGAACUAAAGAUCAACAGUAACAUCUAUUUAACAGUCUAAAUAUUUUGUGAACAAACAGAUGUGGCAAAGUGGUCUCUUCAGAGAUUCUUGUGCAGGCAGUAAAUUAUCCAAUAAGCUUUAAUUUACCUUCACCAAUUCCUAGCAAAUUAAGUCAGCAGAAUAUUAAUUGAGAAGGGUUUCAGUAUGCAGGAAUUUUAGCCUUCUAUUUUUGUGACCAGUACUUUUAUCAAGCUGAAUGUACAUUAUGCUAUUUUUUCCUAACACUUGUUUCUGUUCUGUAUUACCAAUAAAACUUGGGGUUUUUUUCUUGUUUAUCAGCACCAGCUUCAACAAUCUGCUCUUACUGCAAUGUGAACAUACUUUAACUGUUGAGUCUCAGAGCAGAAUAAAGGCAUCAGAACAUA